AUGGAGCACCUACGGGUGAAGAAACUUCGUAACACCACCUUAACUGAGCGAUCAAGAUUAACAUCACCAAUACUACUGAAAUAUUUGAAGAAACUCUCCACCUUGCCUAUUACAGUAGACAUUCUUGCGGAGACCGGUGUUGGAAAAACAGUAAAUAGCUUGCGAAAGCACGAGCAUGUUGGAAGCUUUGCCAGGGACCUAGUGGCCCAGUGGAAGAAGCUAGUUCCUGUGGAACGAAAUACUGAGCCUGAUGAACAAGAUUUUGAGAAGAGCAAUUCUCGAAAGCGCCCAAGAGAUGGCCUUCAGAAGGAGGAGGAGGUAGAGGGGGACUAUGCAGAAAGCUGGAAGGCCUCCGGCAGCCGGUCGUAUAGUCCCGAUCAGAGACAGAGAAAACACAGAAAACUCUCAGAGCUCGAGCGGCCUCACAAAGUAUCUCACAGUCACGAGAGGAGAGACGACAGAAAGAGGUGCCACAGAGCUUCUCCAGUUUACUCUUCGGACCACGAAUCUUCUGAUUAUGGCCACGUUCAGUCCCCUCCGUCAUCCACUAGUCCUCAUCAGAUGUCUGUGGACCAUUACAGAUCCCUGGAGGAGGACCACCAGCCCUUUGUUCCACACCAGAAGCCUGGCAAAGGCCACAGCAAUGCCUUUCAGGACAGACUGGGGGUCAGUCAAGAACGACUGACCCCCAGUGAACCCCAGGGGAGAGAGGUCGUGAGUCAGAGCAAGGAGCACAGAUCUUCCCAUAGAGAAAAACGUCCAGUGGAUGCCAAAGAAGAUGAGAAGUCUUCUUUGAGCAGAGAAAAAUCACACAAAGCCACCUCCAAAGAGGAAAACCGGAGGCCACCCUCAGGGGACACAAAGGAGAAACCACCCUCCAGUGGUGUCAAGAAAGAGAAGGAAAAAGAGGGCAGCACAAGGAAGAAGGUUUUGCCCCCCUUGGAGGUGGCUUCAGACAACCACCUUAAAAAGCCAAAAUAUAGAGACCCAGAGAAAACCAAAUCAGACAAAAACAAGCAAAGUCUGGAAAGCUUAGACAUAGGCAAGGGGGCAGGAGACCCAUUGCCCAAGGUGAAAGAGAAGGUUUCUAACAACCUAAAGACUCAAGAAGGGAAAGGAAAACCUUCUCUAUCGGAUAGAAAGUCAGCAGGCUCCUUCCCUAAAAAUGAGGAGGCAGAUAUGGAUGAUGAAUUUGAGCAGCCCACCAUGUCUUUUGAGUCAUACCUCAGCUAUGACCAGCCCCGGAAGAAAAAGAAGAAGAUUGUGAAAACUUCAGCCACAACUCUUGGAGAAAAAGGACUUAAAAAAAAUGAUUCGAAAAGCACUAGUAAAAACUUGGACUCAGUUCAGAAAUUACCUAAGGUGAAUGAAAACAAGUCAGAGAAGCUUCCGCCAGCUGGAGCCAAUUCAGCCAAGCUGAGAAAGGUCCCCAGCGACGCGUUGCCAGCGUUGCCAGACCUUCCAUUACCUGUGAUACAGGCCAAUUACCGUCCCCUUCCUUCCCUUGAUUUGAUGUCCUCCUUCCAACCAAAGCGGAAAGCACUAUCCUCACCCCAGGAAGAGGAAGAAACUGGAUUCACUGGACGAAGAAUGAAUUCUAAGAUGCAGGUGUAUUCUGGUUCCAAGUGUGCCUAUCUCCCCAAAAUGAUGACCCUGCAUGAGCAGUGCAUCCGGAUACUUAAAAACAACAUCGACUCAAUCUUUGAAGUGGGAGGCGUCCCGUAUUCUGUUCUUGAACCUGUUCUGGAGAGGUGUACACCUGAUCAGUUGUAUCGCAUAGAGGAGUACAAUCACGUGUUAAUUGAAGAAACAGAUCAAUUAUGGAAAGUUCAUUGUCACCGAGACUUUAAGGAUGAAAGGCCAGAAGAGUAUGAGUCGUGGCGGGAGAUGUACCUGCGGCUUCAGGAUGCCCGGGAGCAGCGGCUCCGAGUCCUCACGAAGAACAUCUUGCACGCACAUGCCAAUAAGCCCAAAGGCCGACAAGCAAAAAUGGCCUUUGUCAACUCUGUGGCCAAGCCACCUCGUGAUGUUCGAAGGAGGCAGGAGAAAUUUGGAACAGGAGGAGCAGCUGUGCCUGAGAAAAUCAGGAUCAAGCCAGCGCCAUAUCCCACGGGAAGCAGCCGUGCUUCCUUCAGCAGUGGCAGCAGCAACAGCUUUAACGCCAGCCCCGAGGAGCCAGCCUAUGAUGGCCCAAGCACCAGUGGCGCCCACUCGGCGCCUGUGGUCAGCAGCACUGUUUCCUAUGAUCCUAGGAAACCGACUGUGAAGAAAAUUGCCCCAAUGAUGGCCAAGACGAUUAAAGCUUUCAAGAACAGAUUCUCCCGACGAUAAACGGAGGACUUGUCUUGGAGAUGAAAUGUUGGGGGAGGAAUACAAGGACAAUGGGGGUUGGGGAAUGGAACUUCUAAAGGAGACCAGACUCUUUGGCUUAGUGGAAACUUUUGGCCUCCAAGUCGUGCACAGCGAGCAGGUGCCGUGCCUGUGCCCGCAGCCACUGCCUCCCUGACUGGAGAGCACUUCAGAGUUCUGAAGAUGUGAAGCCUCAUUCUCACUGAGGAUUUUAAGGUCAAUUGUACCUUUGUUGUUAAUUAGCUUCUUUGUAAACUAUAAGACAUAGUUUUAAUUAAUAAAUAUUGCCCCCAGAUUGUAUUUAUAUUACCCCCAGUUUUUCCCCCCCAGUCCUCUAUCACACACUUAGCCUUUUAUUUUUGGGGUCCUUUGUUAAAGUUAGACAAAAGCCUAGUGAAAGCCAUUCCCCUGUCCCAGUUCCUCUCUCCUGAGUGGACUUUGGUCCAGAGGGAGGACUGGGCGUCCCCAGAGCCUGUGUAGUGCCUGCUGCACGUAGGGGUGGGGGUCCUGGGCUGCCUGUCCUGGGCGGGGGGAGCCUUGGCAUGGAGACGGAGUGUUCAGGUUAGGCCUCCACCUCCGAGACCCUUCUCAGUGUUGUUUUGAGGUGCUAUGCAGGUGCAUCUCUUUCUCAUUAAAUUGUAUUUAUUAAGGGAAAUUAUUUGGAAAGGCCUAGAGUCUUUACCCCAUCCUUUUUGCCUGGUCCCGCUUUUUUUUUUUUUUGAGGCUCACUAGAGGGCACAGAAUCUCAGUGUUUUUACAAUUUCCAGUUUCUAAUUCAAAGCUUUAGGCUUUUUUCCUCCUCUAUUUUUCCUUCUCUCCACUGGCAUGGGGGCAAAACACAAACAUGUGGCAGGGCUUUUUGUAGCCCUCCAAAUACAACUUCACAGUUUUAAAAGCCAGCACUUUAUUCUCUUGUUCCCUGUGAAUUGCUACUGCAAGUGAAUGGUUUUAAAAGUUGUAAUGGUAUGUUGGAGAUUAGCUUCGUUUUUGCCUUUAAAAGAUAAGAUCAUGAGAUUGGUAGAGCACAACAGUUUGCUGUUUUAUAGAGAACUUUGUAGCUUGAAACUCUGCUUUUUGAGUCUUUAAGCCAGAAUUUGGAGGGAAAAACCAGCUUAAGGAAAGUGAGCUGUAGCAUCAGGAUGGGGGAGAACCACAAGGGCACCCAGGCUUGGGAAGGAAGGAUCUCACUUUCUAGUUGGCACAGGGGCAAGACCAGAACUAGGAAGACUGUGUCAGCUCCCUUUGUGGCUGUUGAAGGGCACUGAUCUAAUAGACUGCUUGGUGUGACCCAGGUAGAAGUAGAUACUAUAGAUCUGAGGUGCGCAUCCCUAAGAAACCUGAGAAGCAGACUGAGGGCAUGGUUAGUGUGGCAGCCCAUGGAGCUUGACAAUUUGUCCCUUUGAUAAGCUCACUCAAAGCCCAGUGUGUGGAGCCCACUGUUUUUAACCAUCCUGGAGAUCUCUAACUUAGAUGGCAGAGCAGUGCAGCAAGAAGUCUGUAUGGCAGGAGCUGCACUGUUCAGUGUGUGUUGCUGUGCAGGGUGCCCAAGGGAUGCAAGUAUUGCUGUGUUUUAAUUUGCUGUAUUUUUGAAUUGGGUAAAGUAUUAUUUCUCUUGAUCACUUGUUUUACCAUUCCACCCCUGUCCCCCAGCCUGUCCCCCAAGUCUGAUGUUAGGAAGCCUCUUACUUAAAACCAGAUGAGCAUCUGGGUCAGCUGCCAGACAUCUGUUGCCUAGAAUAGCUUCCUCUAGGUGUCCACCACCUUGAAUUUGUGUCUUAUCUGUGUGUUUAAGUCUUUGCCAUUGAAACAAGUUUUUCAGUUGUGUGUGAUUUAAUUUCCUUUACUAGGAGUCUUUAGGUAGGGAGGGAAGAAAAGACACAUCCCAACAUCACUACCCAUUUUUGGUAUAUAAAGAUUUUGGAUCACCCCUGUUUGCACAGAGCCAGAUCUUUCCCCUUCCCCCUCCAAGAGUGUCUGUUCUGCAUCAGGGGUGUGACUUGGUGAGGAGAGUAAGGAGGGAAGAGGAGGAACUGAAUUUCUAAGGGCCAUCCUCUCCUGGGUUAUUGAAAUGGCCGCAGAGCGGACACAGGAUGAUGUUGAACCCUUGAUCUCAUUUGUGAAAACUUGUGCAAUUUUUUUCCUCUGCUACACUACAUACAAAUCAUCAAAUUACAAAUUAACUCUCUGAUCUUUGGUGUAAUGAGCAGUUUUAGGGGAAACUUUUUCUUUCCGGGAAGCAGGAGGGAAAGGAGCAAGGUACCAUCUUGCUCUUUAUUUGUAUUUUGGUCCCAGAAUGUAAAUACAAUUUUCUAUGUUACUUUUUUGUGGUAACUACCAAGAUGAAUAUUUUAAUUAGAUAAGUUAUAUGAAAAGGCAGGAAAAUUCCAUGUCUAAAUAAAAACAACAACAACAAAAAACACA